CGGAUUUCCCUGUCUCGAGACCCGGCCCUUUAAAGCCACGGCUUCGUCUUUCUGGCCGGCCUGUGUAUUGAGAUCUAAGUGCUGAGGGGGGCCUGGAUGCUGGGAGCAGGCAUCAGGGGGCUGUGACAGCCCAGGAGCUGCCUGGAGAUGCUGCUGCUGUUCCCGCUGCUGCUGCUGCUGUUCCUGCUGCUGCUGCUGCUGCUGCUCCCGCUGCCACUGGCCAGGCUCCGGCAGCAGCGGUCCCCGGGGCCCGGGCUGUCCUGGCUUGCCUGCCUCCAGCACCGUGUGGCAUGGGGCGCCCUGUGCUGGGCAGCCGCCUGGCAGCGGCGGAGACUGGAGCAGAGCACGCUGCGUGCGGGCCAGAGCCAGCAGCAGGCCCUGAGGUGGUGUCUGCAGGGAGCGCCUGGCCCCCGCCGCCCGCUCAGGGGGAGCACAGAUAUGAGCGCCUUCCGGACUCAUCUCCCUCUGACCAAGGCCAGCCAAACCCAGGAGGAAGAAAGUGGGGAGCAGCUCCUGCCCCCUGCCUCAAAGCAGCACCGCGGGAAGGCCUCUCUGCAGGCCACCUUGCUGGGUCUGGCAGCCCUGAACAAGGCCCACCCAGAGGUGCUGGUCCCGGGAGGCACAGCCUGCCUGACUCCUACAUCCCCCUGGCCCAGCCCCCUCCCCUGGCCUUGGCGGGUCCCCAGCCCGGGGAGCACCCCUGGAGCCAAGGACCCUGGGGCCCUGCUUCUGGAAGCACUGAGGUCCCCGGGGCUGCGGGCACUGGAAGCCGGGACGGCAGUCGAACUCCUGGACGUCUUCUCGGGCCUGGGAGCCAAUGGCGAAGAGCUGGCCGAGGCGCUGGCUGCCGGGGGCCCGGGAGCGCCCCUCCCCUGGCGGGCAGCUGAGCUGCGGGAAGCCCUGGAGCAGGGACCCCGAGGCCUGGCCCUGCGGCUCUGGCCGCAGCUGCAGGUGGUGGUGACUCUGGACGCGGGAGGCCAGGCCGAGGCUGUGGCUGCCCUGCGGGCCUUGUGGUGCCGAGGACUCGCCUUCUUCUCGCCUGCGUAUGCUGCCUCCGGAGGGGUGGUGGGCCUGAACCUAUGGCCAGAGCAGCCUGGUGGGCUCUACCUCCUGCCCCCUGGCGCUCCCUUGAUUGAGCUGCUCCCGGUCCGGGAAGGAGGCCAGGAAGAGGCUGCCACCACCGUCCUGCUGGCCGAGGCCCAGAAGGGCGAGGAGUAUGAGCUGGUGCUGACUGACCACACCAGCCUUACCAGGUGCCGUCUGGGCGAUGUGGUGCGGGUGGUUGGCGCCUACAAUCAGUGCCCCGUCGUCAGGUUCAUCCGCAGGCUGAGCCAGACGCUGAGUGUGCGAGGAGAAGACAUCAGUGAGGAUAUGUUCUCUGAGGCCCUGGGCCGGGCGGUGGGACAGUGGCCAGGGGCCACGCUCUUGGACCACAGCUGUGUGGAGAGCAGCAUUCUGGAUUCCUCCGGGGGCUCCGCUCCCCACUAUGAGGUGUUUGUGGCCCUGAGGGGGCUGAGAAACCUGUCUGAGGAAAAUCGAGACAAGCUGGACCACUGCCUCCAGGAAGCCUAUCCCCGCUACAAGUCCCUGCGGUUCCGGGGCAGCGUGGGCCCUGCCCGGGUCCAGCUGGUGGGGCCCGAGGCCUUCCGAGAGCUCCGGGCGGCCCUGGCGGCCUCUCCCUCGUCGCCCUUCCCGCCCGAGAUGCCCCGGGUCCUCAGGCACAGGCGCCUGGCCCAGCUCCUGCAGAGGAGAGUGUUGUCCUGAGCCGAGGCCCGCCCACUGCCCCCCCCCCACCCCCAGAAGCUGCCUCUCUCUCUCCUCUGGGGCUUCCCUAGACGGGGAGCCCUUGGCCAGGGUCUCUGACUCUGUCACCUGUCAGUUGCUCGUCAGAGCUGCUGGGCCUUAGGGAGGUCUGACCUGGUCAGCCAGGUCUGGAGAGGUGACCUCGGGGUGUGCCAGACACCAGCAGCGCCCUGCCCGGAGACCCCGGAGCCCACCCUGGAGGAAGCUGCCGGAGAGUUCCCACACAUGCCGGGCUGCAAGUGCUGGGAGUUAACGUUCCCAGGAGCGACCUUCAGUUGGCCAGGAGCAGGAGCUGUGAAUGCCGACCCCAGCUUCACUGUCCUGCAGUGAGACGAUUCUGAAGCGUGUUCUGCGCCAGCUGCCCACGGGUCACGGUUAACACAGUUCUUAUGCUUUCCUCCCGUCCUUCCCAUCCCCACUGCCUUACGUGUUUUCUGGGAUCAGCUCCCAAAUAAACCUCUUGCACCCAGA